GAAUACACCGGUUGGAUGGAGUUGCUAAAUGCAACCGGGCUAGGUUGGGAUUCGGAAACAAAAACUAUGGAUGCAGAUAAUGAUUGGUGGCAGACUCACCUACAAUAUCGUCCUGAGCAUGUCAAGUUCAGAUAUGGACCACCCGCCAACUUGACACAACUUGAUGUCAUGUUUAAUAAGGCUCAUGUCACCGGAGAAUCUUCGGCCAUCCCGGGGGAAGAGGAAAUGGGAGCGGACAAGGAAGCUGCAAUUCCAGUGGAUGAUGACGAUGAUGCGUCCAAAAAAACACCAAACUUCGUGAAGCGCCUCAAGUUUAGUGGUGGAGAGAAGGAGAAAGAGAGCCCCUUUUACAGGGACUACAAAACAGCCUUGACUAGCCUUGUUUCAUUUGGAAGGGGGGAUGCUGGAGGUUCAAGCGGCAUGGGUGACUCUGUCCCAACAAUGAAGGAGUUUCUAUCUAUGGUUCGAGAGUGUGGAAUCAAAGAGUGCCAGGAUCGGUACAUACUAUCUUGUUGA